GGAUAAAUCCCGCUCGGAUUUACUAAAUCCGGCUACCCCUCGAAUUUACUAAAUCCCGGAUUUGAGCUGUAAAUCCGUAAAUCCGGGAUUUACUGAAUCCCGGAUUUAACGACAAAAACUGUUUGGCUGGAUUUAGCCUAAAUCCGACUUAAAUCCCGCUGUAAAUCCGAUACCAAACAGCCCCGCCGAUCAAGAGAGCGGGGAGAGGCAUUACAGAUCUGUAGGAGAGCGCUCGUCGCCGGCGAUGGCGUCCCCGCGAAUUCUCCCUUCUUCUCCUCUCCAGCGGCUCGCUACAAUUAAGGAAGCAAGCCCUAAUUCGUCCACUACUGGCGUCUCCGCUGUCCCUGCGGCGUCUCCUCUCGAGGCCUUCGCCUCAGACCCCAUUUUCUCUGCAUUCCUCUCCACCGACUUUGACUCAGCUCGCUUCUCCUCUCAAGCUCUAAGCUCCGGAUCCGCUGCUUCCCGCGCCGAAAGCCUACAAGAAGCCAUCAGACUUCUCCAGAAGCACCUCCGCGCCGAAGUCCUCGCUCGUCACCCCGCCCUUCUCUCCCAACUCUCCUCCCUCGGCGAAGCGGAGACCUCCCUCUCCUCUGUACGCUCGGCAGUCUCCUCUCUUCAAUCCUCCCUCCGACGCGCUCGCCAGGAACUGGCCGAGCCUCUUCAUCUUGUCCGCUCCCACACUAUCCAGUUAUCGAACCUCCAUGCUGCUGCAGAUCUUCUUAACUCAUCUGCUCGCCUCCUACGCCUUUCCAAGAAGCUCCGAGACGUCAUGGCCCAACCCACUGACCGUCUAGAUCUCGCUAAGGCCGCUGAAAUGCAUCGCGACAUCGAGCUCCUUUACGAAGAGCGCGGCCUCGCUGGAAUCUCUGCCGUGGAGGACGAGAUCCGCUGGCUCUCGGAGACUGGAAACCAGCUACGGUCGCAGGCGAUGAAGGCUGUAGAAAGAGGCAUGGACGAGCAUAACCAGAAUGAUAUAUGGUGCGGUCUUCAGGUUUUUUAUAAUCUGGGGGAGUUGAGAUCGACGGUGGAUCAAUUAAUUAACAAAUAUAAGACGUCGGGGGUUAAAAGCGUUGGGGCUGCGCUGGAUAUGAAGGCGAUCUCAGCUACAGGAGGGUUUGGUGGGCCGGGAAGCGUGCACAGGAGUGGCACGCCGCAAAUUGGGGCAGGGAAGAAGGCUGGAGAGGCUCUUUGGGAGAGGAUGGGGAGAUGCAUGGAUGAUUUGCAUAAGGUGGUGACGGCAGUGUGGCAAUUGCAGACCGUGCUGUCUAAAAAGAGGGUUCCAUUCACGCAGGUUUUGUUCCUGCAUGAGGUCUGGCAGGAUGGUGAUCCUCUUUUGACAGACAGAGUUUGGGAUGCACUUAUAAAAUCUUUUGCAAGCCAAAUGAAAUCGGCUUUCAACACUUCAAGUUUUGUCAAAGAAGUAUUUACUCUCGGGUACCCAAAACUUUUCACUAUGGUUGAGAAUCUUCUUGAAAGGAUUUCACGAGACACUGAUGUAAAAGGGUUCCUUUCUGCUGUUACCCUGGAAGGAAAGGAUCAAAUGGUUGCAGCCAUAAAUAUAUUUCAGACAGCCUUCCUGGCUCUUUGCCUUGGCCGCCUUUCAGAUUAUGUUAAUAGCAUAUUUCCAGUAUCAAGCCGGGGUAGUAUUCCAUCAAAGGACCAGAUCUCAAGACUUAUACUGCGAAUCCAAGAGGAGAUAGAAGCUGUCAAACUACAUGGGCACUUGAUGCUUCUUGUUCUUCAUGAAAUUGGCAAAGUCUUACUCUUGUUAGCUGAGAGAGCUGAAUACCAGAUAUCUGCUGGUCCAGAAGCCCGUCAAGUAACAGGUCCUGCAAAUCCAGCACAGAUAAAAAACUUCGCUCUAUGUCAACAUCUCCAAGAAAUCCAUACUCGCAUCUCCAGUAUAACUGCUGCCCUCCCAACUGUUGCUGCUGAUGUUCUCUCCCCAUCGCUCGGUGUCAUCUAUGGAGUUGCUUGUGAUUCAGUGACUUCCCUCUUUCAAUCCAUGCUUGACCGCCUCGAGUCCUGCAUCCUUCAAAUCCAUGACCAGGACUUUGGAUCCCAUGGCAUGGAUGCAUCAAUGGACAACAAUGCUUCUUCCUACAUGGACGAGCUUCAAAAGUGCACUGUUCACUUCAGAAAUGAGUUCCUAUCGAAGCUUCUACCGGCUUCUGCAACCCGGUUCGAGACAAUAUGCACAAGUCUUGUCCACAGAAUGGCUUCUCGCGUUCUGUUAUCUUUUAUAAGACAUGCUGCUUUGAUUAGGCCUCUAUCUGAAUCAGGCAAGCUUAGGAUGGCAAGAGAUAUGGCCGAGCUUGAGUUGGCAGUUGGCCAAAACCUGUUUCCAGUAGAGCAACUGGGAGCUCCUUAUCGAGCCCUUAGAGCCUUUCGUCCCAUGAUCUUCUUGGAGACUUCUCAGCUUCAGGGCUCGCCAUUGCUUAAUGAUCUGCCACCAAGUGUCAUACUCCACCACCUGUAUUCUCGAGGACCCGAAGAUUUACAGUCACCCAUGCAGAGAAACAAGCUCACUCCUCUUCAAUAUUCUUUGUGGCUUGAUUCACAAGGAGAGGAUCAGGUAUGGAAGGGCAUUAAAGCAACUUUAGAUGAUUAUGAAAUAAAGGUUAGGAGUAGAGGAGAGAAGGAAUUUAGUCCUGUUUAUCCUCUCAUGCUGCAAAUUGGAUCAUCUAUUUCAAUGGGCAAUUCUUCUCAAUAGUGAUUUUUUUGCUUUUUUUCUUAGUGUAGAUAAACUUCAUGAUUUUGGAUAAGGUUUAUAGCUAUAUGUUCCAUUGAUAGAAAUAGUCUUCCCUGGACAUUUAUUCCCUAUAAAGUUUAAAUGGAUAGUGUCAAUUAUUUCAGAGAAACUUGCACACCAAAUUUAGAUGGU